GGGGAGGGAAAGAGGCUUUCUCGAGCGAGCGCGCAGUUGCGUCGUCUUGCCUCGGCGCCGGCUGCAGCAGCACCGGACGUUAUUUUGCGCCGGUUCGCUCGUUCUCUUCCGAGAAUCCGCGGCGCCGGCCGAAGCACGCAAGAGGAACGCGCACACACACAGAACGGCGGAAAGGAGUGGCGCCGGCGGCGGCGGCUUGUGUGACUCAAUCGGUCGCCAACUUGCUCCGGGAGGCGAGCGCGCCUGCGGAAAUCACGCCUCGAUUUCGCCCGGUUUCGCGUCCGUCGCGCAACCAGCGCGGUGCGAAAACAGUGAGGGAUCGGCACAGGCCGGGACGCACUCUGCGACGAUCCCUGCAGGCGAUAGUAUCGUCAGGCGCGCGCGCUGAUUGGCUGGUUGAGAAAAAUCGGAUGAGCUGAUUGAGCGCUACGUCACGCGAAGUAGCUGAUUGGCUGGUUGAGCACUACAUCAAGCGAAGGCGAACAUCAGCGCGCGCGCCUGCGAUACUAUCGCCAAAACGUGAUCGUCGCAGACUACCGUCCCCAACAGGAUGAUGAUCGCGCAGUGGUGGCCAAUCAGGGCUGGAGUGUCCAGGCGGCGGGAGUUACGAGCGAUUAAACAUAGCGGCUUAAGAGCACGGAGCUCUCAGCCAAAGCCGCACCCGUUAGUCCUGUAGGGGGCCAAGGCAGGGCGGGCGGGCGAUCUCGCGCGAUUGCGUCACGCACUCUAUUCGCGCGACUAAGCACUUGCGCGCGCGCGCACAAAGAAAUGUCAAAGGCUGCGACGAACGUUCGACGAACGCUCAGGUGACGUCAUGCCAAGAAGGUUUCGCGCCCUCUUAGCGAAAGGGGAAUGCAAGCGCUACCGGAGAGGAGGAGGAGAGAGAGAGAGAAACAUCGCGAUUAAUAAAUCCGCGCGCGCGAGUCCGUUAUCGUCAUAACGCGCGCGCCUUGACACCGCGCACAAAAUAUAAAAGUCGACGCAGGUCAACGCUUCUUCCACACAUCUGGGGGGUUCAGAAGAUUGCUAGCGGUCCAGGACCUUUCGGGACAAUAGACGGCUUUCUGCAGUUGGGGUGCGAGUUGAGGUUAGGGACCGCAUUCGCUCAGUGACGUCCGUCUCGCAAAGCUGAAUUCCACAUUGAAUGCGUGCACCCGGAGCUUUUGCGGAUUUGCGUAUUGCCGACGGCGCGAGGACCUUCGCCACCGACCACAGGGCGAGAACGGCCAGCGACGACAUUCUUCAUGGCAGCCGAGUCUGACGUGUCGGACGACAGUCCCGUAGCAGCGCUGGACAUGUCCCUGGCAGCGUCGCGACCCUCGCCGUCUCCGCCACUGUCGCCGAGCCCGACGCCCUCGUCGUCGCUGCUGCUGGCGUCCAGCGCGGCGGCCGCCAUGGGCAUGGCCAGCUUGAACGGCGGUCCCGGCGCGCACCCGAAAAAGUCCCCGCAGCCCAUCCCGGCCGAGUGCAAGGACGAGGCCUACUGGGAGCGCCGCAAGCGAAACAACGAGUCGGCCAAGCGCUCGCGCGAGCUGCGGCGCAUCAAGGAGCAGCAGACUGCGCUGAGGGUGCUCUACCUGGAGCAGGAGAACCUGCAGCUGCGCACCGAGCUCACCAUGCUGCGCAGCGAGGUGGACAAGCUGCGACAGCUCCUCUUUGUCGGCAAGCAUCCCAGCUGACGCGAAGGAGGAACCCUCUGGCGGGCCUGCUGACCGGCAGGCAGCAGGGCCGCCCCCGGUCAACCGAUCUCUAGGGCAGCAGCGAGAAUGGCAUGCGACGACGACGCGCUUCACGUGGACCACCACCCAUCAUCAGCCUAGUCGACGAGAAGGGGGCGGUCUCCUCGUGUGUGGUGUCUCAGCAGCCCUCUUCCAAGUGCACGCGUUCUCCUGGACUGAUACCGCCGGCAACGUGGAAUACCAGGCCAUCGGGGGGAAGGGACCGCGCGAGCUGUUAGACAGUGCCGAAGACAGUUUCGAAAAGCGGCGGGAGCGACUUAGUGCCCAUUAGUCUAGCACAAUUUCUCCCCGGCCGCUCUUCAUCUUGCUGUUUAAGCGUCCGCGCCCCAGUGUUUUCUGCCACCAGAAAUCAGAGGGCCAAAGGCAUUUGUUCCUCGGCCGCACCCAAAUACGGCAUUUUUGUUUGCUCGGAAGAGUCCAGAUUUUACAUGUACUGCGCAUGGGGGUAGGCUACAUUUGAUCUCGACUACCGGUAAUAAACAACACGGCUGCAUACGUGCAACUCUCAAGAAACCCGGAUGGCAGCGGCAUAACUUGCGUAAAUUUUCUUUUCCUCCUUGCUGUCGGCUCAAAGCAACAACAAGCGGCUCAAUCACUUCCACUGUUGGACGAGCCAAUGUACUACGCUGCCACGAGAACUUGCUCCACUUUUUCGUGGAAGCGCAUAGUGGUCGCUGCCAUGCAAAUUGUAAUAUAUUUUUCAAAGUAGGAACUUAGAGUAGACGGUGCACGUGAGCCCAACCCCCUCCCCACCCCCACCGUUUACCUCGCUUCCCCAUCGUCCCCUCAUUUUUGUUUCUCACUUUUUUAAUUUAUUUAACUUAUUCAUGAUACAGUCGAAGCAAGACAGGGCUAUUCCCCUCCUCCAAAGGCAUCAUCCCAAGUUCAUGUAAGAGAAGGCUUUAGCAAGGGAAGAGCAAAGCGCGUCUGCGAUACCCACUUCGGACUGUGCCCACAUCGAACGGUUCUGCCAGACUCUACCAGUUUAGAGAUAUAGACCGUGGUGAUGACUGUGCGGACUCGUCGGUGACUGACGGACAGAUGGACUGACGCGCGCGGCGCAGAGAUUACUGAGCAACGAAUCUGUGAUCCACGACCAGUCCAGCAUUGUUGUUUAUUUUGCCUUUCUUUUUGUCGCAUUAAUUCUCUUGCUUUUGCAAUUGUAUAAGUUAUGAUGAAAGAGUGAACAAUUGCCGGCAUUGUGAUAAGAGAGGGAAUGAAUGACUGCCCGGCUUGCAGCUUCCUUCAUGUUUCUCUACUUUUUGUGUUCCAGUUUGCGUUUGUUUUUUACCGCUGACGAGACUGUUAAGUUUUUUUUUAAUUUAUAAGUGAGAGAGGAUAGAGAUGUGAUGACAGAGCCGCUUUUUAUUAUACUGUUACUUCAUGUUGCAUUUUUUGUGAAGCUGUUGAAGCUAGCACACUGGUGUGAAGCUAAGAGGAUAAAAUAUGCAGAAAGGCUUCUCGGUGAGCAUUGAUGAAGCGGCCUGCAUCCACGAAUGACCAAAGAGUACCGCCUAACCUUAUGGGGCCCCUCCCAUCAUGGCCUUUCAGCGAUGGCGGGUUCUCAUUAGGUUUUCGUGCACACUGUUAUGCACAUGCAAAAUGACAUGUCAGCUAGAAAAUGCGCUGGAACAGACUGUAAAUAAAAGGCAAAAUGUUUUCUGUUUACAA